CUCUGUAGGGGCGGUGUGUAGCGCUUUGAGCGUCUUUGUCGUCCGUUUACUGGAGUCUGGAAUCCGACAGCUAUAAUAAUCAGAAUGAUGUCUACUGUAAACACUUUAUUCUGAAUAGACACUGUAAGUUAAUAAUUAUAUAUUUUGUUAAUUCGUGUAAGAAAGCAGUUGUGGGUUAUAUAAAAUCAGAGAGAGAUGUCGAACAAUCGAACAAUCAGACACUUCUGGAACGAGAAGGAGACAGAUUUCCUGUUGCAGACAUUAAAAGAGAUGAAUAUUGAUCGAUAUAAAGACGGGCGCAAGAACCGCAACAGUCUCAUCUUCAGAAAGGUUUGCGCUAAACAUAAAGCAGCAGGAUACAGACGGUCGUGUGAUCAGGUGAAACACCGCUGGAAAACACUCAAGUCCAUUUACUAUAAGGCUAAAAGACAAAAUGUUACUAGUUCUGACGCCUUUAAGCAUUUUGAUACGAUGGAAGAAAUAUUUGGACAUAGACCUUUGGUUGUGUCAAAACAGACUAGAGCUGACAUCGACUCUAAAGAUGAAUCUCCUUUGUCAGAAAGCAAGUCUUUCACUUUUGAAGGUGAUGAAUGUGAUGAAGAAAAUGAUGUGGAAAGUGGAAAUCAAGAAAUCCAGACAUUGAAAAUUGAGAACGAUCCUCUCAGCCUCACUCAACCAUCACUUGAGAACAUUGACCCUGUAGAAAGCUCAGCAUCCACCCAGCCAUCCAUUUCUAUAGAGAUUACAAACUGUACACAACCAUCCACUUCCCAGCAGACACCUGUUCAAGAUGUGUUUAAAUGCAAAAGCCCUUGUUGCACUUCAUUGCAUGCACAGUAUCAAAGCUUCAUUGAAAGAAUGCAACAGACACAAAACCUGUGGCUGGAGCGGCAGCAAGAACAGAGUCAUGCCCGAGAGGAGAGACUCAUCGCUAGAGUGCUUGCUGAACACACCCGCUCUAUGGAGGCUUUAGUCAACCAGUUAUUUGCAGGAUUAAGAAGCCUCCUGCCCCAUUCGAAUCUACAGGCAAGUCCCACACCUAUGCGUACACCACCAGAUAUCUUCAAUACGUAACCUCAUCAUGUCAACAACAGUGCAGAGAACUGGCAACCAGCACACAACCCAACAUCAAGCAUUCCUUCUCAGGCUGAAGACAAUUCACUUCACAAGAUAUCAGAGAGUGUAAAACAUCCUGUUGUGGAGCAAUAAAGGACCUCAUUAACAUAAUUUCACUGUGAUUGUUAAGUUGUUCAAGAUUCAUGUCAUGAUCAGUUCUUUAAACUGGUUGUUGUUGUUCCAGCCUUUACAUUAGGUGUAUUACAGAAAGCAGGGUUACAUUUUUGUUACAUUAUCCAGUGAGGUUGUAGGUUAAUAAAAGCAGUCUGGAGUUCAGUCAAUCUUAAGGUUUAUGUGUGAGGAGUCAUUUUUGACAAGGCUCUGAAUCCCAGAGUCACCAAAGAAAUGCAUAUCAUACUUCUGUUACACCAGUGGUUCUCAAACUUUUUCAGCGUGCGGCCCCCCUUGUGUACAGUGCAUUCUUUUAACGUGAGUGUAUCUUUCGUCAUAAACCCCUUUGAAGCGUUUGCAGCAGGCACAUAAUAUGUGAUAUGACGUGUAAUGCAUAUAGGUUCACGUGAUGCGCUGUGAACACAUAUUUUCAUAUGACAGGCAAAAUACAUGUUUUGACAAGCUUUGCAUCAUGCACCCUCCAAAAAGAAGUCACUGGCCGCCACUGCUGCAGUUGCUUAUGAUUUUGAAAGGUUUAGAAAUGAUAAAAAACACCAUUGAGGGGAAUAACAGCGUUGCUAAUCAAACAAAUGACUGUUUCCCGUUACUGACAAUAAAAUGCUGUGCGUUUCUAUAAUUGACUAUAAUUGUAUUUUCUCCAGUGUGUGUUUGGGGCUUGGGGACGCAUAACUGAUCAUGAUUGGCUAAAUUCCCAUUGUUAGCCAACCAGAUGCUCAUGUACAGUCCGAGCAUUUUCUCCAACUUGGGGACUUUGUCACUAGAUUUAGCAACUAUCUAGACAUUUUUAGCGACUUAAUUUCAAGAAAGCGACUAGGACAAAUCCUAUCAACUUUUUCUGGCAUGGUUGGAGAGUUUUGGACACUGACAUGAAGCACGUAUUGUUCUCUCUUUUCAAUGAGCAGCGGGUGCUGCUGCUGUGAGCCCCAUCUCUGUCCCAAAGCACUCACAGGCAGCCCAGUCCUCACACAGUCGCACACACUGGCAUCGACAGAGCGAUGGCAAGUACAACAAGCUCAAAGAUAGCAGUCGCAAACACUGGAUGUAAAAUAAGCACUACUUUUCCAUCGUCGGGGUGAAAGGCAAGAAUGUUUAAUGUAACGUGUUAGACGUGUAAUUAGUUACUUUUAUAAUGAUGUAACUCAGUUACACAAGUCUGCUGUUAGCAAUUAUAACACUAGCAUAUAGUUAUUAUGUUUAAAGUUGCAAUAAAUAAAUUAUUUUUAAGUAUAGUAGGCUGUCCUAUAUGUACACUUAUCCUUGCAUGUGCAAUUCUGUCUGUAUUUUUUUUGUCCUCUCUGAAUUGCCCUUAAGACAUUUUAAGUUUAUUCUCCCCCAUACUGUUAGGUGAAAUUUAUGCCCAUAAAUAAUGUACCUUUGAAUUUGGCUGCUUAGUUAACUCUGCUUAUUUUUUGAACACUCCAUGUGACCUUUG